CAGAGUGUGUGUGUGAGUAGAGUAGAGUAGAGACAAGCAGUCAGUCAGUCAGAAAUGCAAAGAUUGUUCACAGAGAACGGGAAGGAAACACCUGAGCAGGUGAGAGCUCAGGUGACAGGUGGUGUGCCAUCAUGGCUGCAGGGCACCCUGCUGAGGAACGGCCCGGGUGUGUUCUCAGUGGGAGAGUCACGAUACAACCACUGGUUUGAUGGAAUGUCACUCAUACACAGUUUUACCUUCAAGGAUGGUGAGGUGUUCUACAGAAGUAAGUUCCUAAAGAGCCAAACGUACAAAAGAAACGUGCAGGCUGACAGGAUUGUGGUGUCAGAGUUUGGGACCAUGGUCUACCCUGACCCCUGCAAGAACAUCUUCUCCAGAGCACUGACACACCUGUGCAACAUUGUUCCCGACUUUACCGACAACAACCUGAUCAACAUUGUGCGCUACGGUCAGGACUAUUACGCCUCGUCUGAGAUCAACUACCUGAACCAGAUUGAUCCUCUUACUUUGGAGACCAUCGGCAGGAUCAACUACAGGAAUCACAUUGCUAUCAACCUGGCCACGGCACACCCGCACUACGACCACGAUGGCAGCACGUACAACAUGGGCACCGCCAUCUUAGGCCUGGGCCCACCCAAGUAUGUCAUCUUUAAAGUGCCAGCUGAUGCUUCAGGUAGUGCACAGAAAACACCAGCCCUUCAGAAGGUGCAACAGGUGGGCUCACUACCUUUUCGCUCCACCUUGUUCCCAAGCUACUUCCACAGCUUUGGCAUGACCGAGAACUUCAUCGUUUUCGUGGAGCAGCCUUUCAAACUAGACCUGGUCAAACUGGCCACCGCCUACUUUCGUGGAAUGAACUGGGGAAACUGUCUAAAGUUUGACAAGGAUGACUCUACUUGGUUCCACCUGAUCAACCGCAGGACGGGGAAGAGAGUUUCCAGUCAAUUCUAUGGCGCCGCUCUGGUGGUGUUCCAUCACAUUAACGCCUACGAGGAGGACGGCCACGUGCUGUUUGACCUCAUCACCUAUAAGGACAGUAAUCUGUACGACAUGUUCUACAUGGACAACUUGAGAAAGAACACCAGCAGCUUCCUUGAGUCCAAUGCCAGCUCCUCACCGCCCGUCUGCCAGAGGUUCAUCCUCCCACUAAAUGUCAAUAAGGAUUCUCCAAAAGGAGUCAACUUGGUGACUCUGGCCAACACGACUGCCAAAGCAAUCAUGAAGGAUGACGGUGCAAUUUAUUGUGAGCCGGACGUUCUAUUCGAAGGUCUAGAGCUUCCCAACAUUAACUACAAGUUCAAUGCAAAGAAGUACAGAUACUUCUAUGGCUCCAGAGUGGACUGGUCACCACAGCCCAACAAGAUCAUCAAGUUUGACACUCUGACCAGAACACAUGUGGAGUGGCAACUGGACAAGUGCUACCCGUCAGAACCCGUAUUUGUGGCGUCGCCCGGAGCGGUGGACGAAGAUGACGGUGUGAUCUUGUCAUCUGUCAUCUCUCUGGAUUCCAACAUGUCACCAUUCAUGCUGGUGCUCAACGCCAAGACCUUUCAGGAGCUUGCACGGGCCGCCAUCCCUGCCAGCGUUCACCUGGACCUUCACGGACUAUACAUCCCAAGCGCCAACUAAUGUGGGACUUCAUGUCCACCUUGUCGCAGAAUCAAGUGGAGAAACAGAACUUCCACAUGACUUAGACUAACUUGAAUGAUCCACAAGGGAAAUUGUUCCAAGUCUAAGUACAAAUAAAGCACAUAUCAAACUGAA